CAUUCGUGUGCGCGUUACCAAGGAGAGCGCGCGCGCACGCAUACACAUACAUACACGCAAACACCCCAACCCACGCGCGCACGCAGACUGGACGGACGGACGCACUAAACACUCCCAAAGAUCUUAUCGCAAAUGCUUGACGAUGCGACAAUUCUAUGGAAAGUAAAGAGUCGCUAUCAGCAGCACCAGAUGACCAAGCAAACAAAACGCCUUAAACGUGCAGGUUUGCCAUGACAACCAGUGAUGACCCAUAUCAGGCUUUUCACCACUGACUCCAUUCCUCCAAGAUGAAUUAUGAGCCACAAGAAUCACACAUUUUUUGCCUCAGUUAAAACCCUUCCUGGAAAAGUGCAGAUGAACACCACUUUGAUUAUGAUCAAUGAGUCGAGACCAUUGUGAGACAUGAUGAACCGCUACACCACCCUAAGGCAGCUAGGUGAUGGCACCUAUGGCAGCGUGCUUAUGGGGAGAAGCAACGAAUCUGGAGAACUUGUUGCCAUUAAAAGAAUGAAGAGGAAGUUUUAUUCAUGGGAGGAAUGUAUGAACCUCAGAGAGGUGAAGUCUCUGAAGAAGCUGAACCAUGCAAAUGUUGUGAAGUUGAAGGAAGUCAUCAGAGAGAAUGAUCACCUAUACUUUGUAUUUGAAUACAUGAAGGAGAACCUCUAUCAGCUCAUGAAGGACAGAGAAAAUAAGAUGUUCUCAGAGAAUGAACUGAGGAACAUCAUGUUUCAAGUGUUAGCUGGCUUGGCUUUUGUACAUAAGCAUGGUUUCUUCCACCGUGACAUGAAGCCAGAAAACCUUUUGUGCAUGGGUCCAGAACUGGUUAAAAUAGCAGAUUUUGGACUGGCUCGGGAGAUCCGCUCCAAGCCUCCCUAUACUGACUAUGUGUCGACAAGAUGGUACCGAGCACCAGAGGUUCUGCUCAGGUCAUCUACUUACAGCUCUCCGAUUGACUUGUGGGCUGUGGGAUGCAUCAUGGCAGAACUCUACACACUCAGGCCUCUCUUCCCUGGGAACAGUGAAGUGGAUGAGAUUUUUAAGAUCUGCCAAGUCCUAGGCACUGUCAAGAAGCUGGACUGGCCAGAGGGCUACCAACUGGCUUCAGCCAUGAACUUUCGCUUCCCUCAAUGUGUGCCGACCCCCUUGAAGACGCUCAUUCCCAAUGCCAGCAGAGAGGCGAUUGCUUUGAUGAAAGACCUACUCCAGUGGGACCCCAAAAAAAGACCCACCGCUGUACAGGCCCUUCGUUACCCAUACUUCCAGGUUGGACAGGUCCUCGGUCCUCGUCCUCACAGCCAAGAAGCCAAGAAGGUCCAGGCCCGACAGAUAAUACAAAAGCAGGUCUCAGAUUCUAGGGUGGACCCCAAACCCCCAAACUUUUCUGAGCCCAAAGCCUCUAAAUCACCUCCACAAAACACUCAGCAGCAUCAACCUCUGCAGCAAAUCAUCCUUCCUCAAGCCAGUAAACCAGGCGACAUCAACCAAGGAAAAGCAGCGCCAAUUGGCAAUGAAAACAAAAUUGGAGCAGGCAUAGUAAAGAAUGGAAGACGCCGCUGGGGCCAGACUGUAACAAGAACCUCAGACAGUUGGGAUGAUUCUGAUCAAUCAGACACAGCCGUUUCUCACUCCAAGAAACCUAGUCUAGGAAACUCACAGGAGGAGAGGAACUUGAAGAAACUUCGGCCUCAGGCCAGGGAGAACAAACCUCUGUAUUCCUACAGCACUGUUACCAAACUACCUAGCAAUGUUACGGUUGGUCCUGUGGACCCCAAUCUCCCAGGAUCUGCAGCACGCCAGCAUUACCUCAGCCAGUCCAGAUACCUGCCAGGAUUGAUCAGCAAGAAUCAAGUAGCAUCAGGAGAAAAAGUGUUGACCAGUCUCAGAUUAAGAGACUUGUGGGAGAACUCCUCAAACACUGGAAACAAUCCACUUAUUCCCGUUGGAGCUGGAUUAUCAGUCAACAGAGCUAACCCAGGCAAUUUUGUAACCACCAAGUAUAACCUAUCCACUGGUUUCAUCCCUUCAUUACAAAAGAAAGAGGUGGGCUCUGUGGGACAGAGGAUUCAGCUUGCUCCUUUAGCUGGCCAUCACACAAUCAAUCGUUCCUCUUCUCCUGAAAUUAGAAAAGACAAAACAAAAUGCCCAAAGCCUAAAUCCAUCUCAUCUUUCAGUGAAACCAAUGAAGAUUACGAGGGAUGGAAAAGGAGGACAGACGGAACUCAGGUGUUGAAAGGGAGCAACUACUCAGGUCUGGGGAAGAACUCGGGCAGCUUAUUGAACAGAGCUCCUGCCGUCCAGCCGGUCCACGGCAGGGUAGAUUGGACUUCAAAGUAUGGUGGAAAUCGGUAGCUUGAUGGAGGAGGUGAUUCGUCUUCAACUGCCUGCUUUUAAUCUUAAGUAUAAUAGGGUAGAUGUACACUGAGCAACCAUCAGUUUAAGGACGUGUCACUUUGUAAUAGCAAUCUUUACUGAACCACUGAACAUUUUUACAUAUUGUAAAGGCCGAGUAAGUGUAGCCAUAGUGUGUAGGUCCUGUCAUUGUUUCAUACCAAUAAUAAUCACUUUUAAAGGAUCAAAUGUGACAGGAGAAACAAGAUAGUGCGUGCAGUGUUUGUUUUUAAUAAGGUGAGUUGCUGGUUUCCUGAAUGUUAGGCUGACAAUGUCCACAAUAAUGACCAGCAAGGGCCAAUUUUACCACCUGUAGGAGGGAUUAAUACCUAUAAUUUAUGACAGCAAUGCUGUCAUAUGCUAGCUCUAUUUAUUAAGUAGUUUUUUUUUACAUUGCAUUUAUUUUAAUUCAUCUUUGUGAUCCUCCAUCGCAAGUUUGUACUGUAAGGUAAACGAGAGACAUCAAUUUAUACAUCGCAUCUCAACUUGUUUUUGUAUACAUUUUGUACAAAUAAAUGAAUAAAACCAAAAAACUUAAAUAUC